CUGAAGUAAGCCUGGCAUACACUGUGUGCCAAUAGAUGUGGGUAUGAAUUAAAGGUAAAUCCAGCCUAAUCUUCUUACAAUCAGAUUAACGCGACAAUUUUUAUAACCAGCCUUCAAUCGAUUUUACCUAUUGUUUUUGUAAUUAAAAUGUGUGAGUAUUGCCAGUAUCACUGAAAUAAAUAAAACUAAAUGUAAAAGGGAUACACAUACAAAAUAUAUAUCACCUACCCCUGGAUGGACUAAUGAAUGAAUCAAUCAACAACUAUCCAUAGUCAACUAUGGCGAAUAUAACAGCCAACAACGAUGACCAGCCAUGGUACAAGGAUCUUGCCGACCCGGAGCUAGGCGUGGUGGGUGGCCUAUCUAACGCCGCGUUUUUCGGUGGCAUCAUCGGAGGCUUGGUGCUCAUUGUCGCCAUCGGUGGACUCAUCUACCACUGCAAACGGAAGAAGGAGCUGGAGGAGGAGGUGAGGAAGGCGGAGCAGGAAAAGGCGAGGGCCAACAACAAGGUGGCGCCCACGGGUGACCUGUAUGAGGAGAUGGAGGACGAGAUCGCCAAGCACGAGGCACAGAAGAAGAAACUCUCCAAAUACCUCGCCUUUCUGUUACAAAAGGACGGGGCGGGCCUCGCCGCCGCCAACCAGAGACGCGCAGCAGCCCAGCGGGCUGCGGCGAAUAAAGGCUGGUUUUGAGAUGACGCGGGAUUGUUUGAUACAGCAUUUUGCGUGGCUCAUAAUUUGUUUUGAUAAUUUAUGAAAGUAAAAACACUGAAUAGUGCAUUUCUUGUUUGACGUACGUGUGUGACAUUUGAGGUGGCGCCAACAGGUGACCGGUAUGGGGAGAUGGAGGACGAGAUCGCAAGAGGCACAGAUGAAAUAACUC